UGACAUUGGAAACCAAUCGUUUCAUGACUCUGAUAAUUAUUGCAACAAAAUUAAAAAUAAAACCCAAAAUGAGUACUGAACGAGCUCCAGAAGCACCAAAAACUGAUAUGAAAAAUUCACCAGAAGCCACGCUGAAGCCGUCCCCGAAGCCCCCCGUCGAUGAACAGACUUUUUCCAUGUUCUCUGGAAGAGUCAUGGGGCAGAUAGGGGCACCCAUGUCUUCAAGCCCACCUGUCGAUGGAGCAAGAUUUUCCUCAUUUUCCGAAAAACCUAGGAAAGACACCUGGCAGACAUGGUACACGCUCUUACCGAAGGAUCACAAGCCAAUUUUUGAACCCCACGUCCCCAAACCCGGAUACAAGCUGUUACCGCAAGAUUACAAGCCAGUUUUUGAUGAGAAAGGUAGAGCCCUCAGACCGAUUUUAGGAAAGGGAGAGAUGCUGCAGUGCAAUCAAGUUAGGGAUGAAACUCCUUGGUGCCCAUACUGCCCCCACUGCAACGAACAGAAGAUGAAGAAGCUUCUAUAGAUGGGUACUAUCUAUUUGUAGUUUUUUUCCGAUUUUAGGUUAAGCUUAUUCAUCUAUUCUAGUUAGAAUCAUAAGAAAAAAAAGACUUCUUUAGAAUACUUUUGUGUUAUUAAAAUGUAGUUUUUGUUCAGAUUGUUUCGUUUAUUCAAUUAAUCAUACU